UUGAAAAAAAUCAUCUCGGGUAAUGUUUUUUUCAUGAGCGAAACUUCCGAAGUCUCUCGAUCUUCACUGUUGUCCUGAGUACGUCGAGCAAGGAAGCGAUUAUUUAUAGCGAAUUAAUUAGCGAAUUAUAAACAAAAUUUACGUUUUCUGAAACUCCGGAACAAAGGUAUUUCGAUAGGAUGCGGCGCACCUCAGGUAUUCGGAUUGCCUUCGUCAUAUUGAUUGGGUUAUGGAUGGGCGAGGCUCAAGAAUGUGGUCGGCCGGUAAUGAUAAACAGGAUAGUUGGAGGUUCCUCUGCGUCAGAAGGCGCUUGGCCGUGGCAGGUGGAUAUCCAGAAUGAAAGAGACGGACAUGUGUGUGGAGGAACUAUCAUCUCAGAGAAAUGGGUGCUGUCUGCUGCACAUUGCUUUCCCAAUCCUAAUAACAUCUACUCCUACAUCAUUUACGCGGGCCGGCAGCAGCUGAACGGCUGGAACCCAGACGAGACCAGCCACAGGAUCAAUCGUGUGGUGGUUCCUCUGGGUUACACAGACCCUCAACUGGGACAGGAUAUCGCUCUAGUGGAGCUGGCAACACCCGUUAGGUGGUCUGACCGCAUUCAGCCUAUUUGCUUGCCAAAUGCCAACGCGGAGUUCACCAGCGACAUGAGGUGCAUGAUCACUGGAUGGGGUGACAUCAGAGAUGGAGUUGCUCUGCAGGGCGUUGGGGCGUUGCAGGAAGUCCAACUGCCAAUCAUUGACUCAAAGACUUGUCAGGAUAUGUAUCUGAUAAACCCCACAGAGAACAUUGACAUCCGCCAUGACAUGAUGUGUGCUGGUUUCCAACAAGGGGGCAAAGACUCCUGCCAGGGAGACUCUGGCGGCCCUCUGGUGUGUCAGGUCAGUGACGGAAGUUGGGUGCAAGCUGGAAUUGUGAGCUUUGGUCUCGGCUGCGCUAAACCAAAUCGACCAGGAGUCUAUGCCAAAGUAUCCAGCUUCACUAACUUCAUCCAGAGCCAUGUUGGAGGAGUCCAGCUCAAGAGCGCGUCGAGUCACGUCUGGGCUGACCGGGUCAUGGUGCUCAUCAGGACUCUGGUGCUACUGGUAUUGGUGCAGCUGAUGAGAUAAACGCACACUGACCCUCGAACAAGCCAAAAGCCUCCUGCCCCAAAAUACCGUCCCACGUAAAGAGGGAUUUUAAUGCCAUUGAGUAGCUUUUUAAUCAGUUUUUAAACGACUUCAUAUAAUGUAGUUUCCUAUGUGGAUUUUAUCAAAAAUACACACUGAAUGAUUUGAAAUAAAAGAUAAAAGUAUGUUUUUACCUGUUCACUUGAUUGUUAAUAUAAUCUUUAAACUGUCUUAAAACUGUAAUGGUUAACUUUGAGGUGAAUAAACCAUCUGAUUAAAUAAUGUGCAAAUAAUGAUAUUUGAAAACUGAAACUCUCAAAUCCACAGAAAAUGGUUCUCGUAGGCAGCUGAUCAAAUGUGAGAUUUAACAAUCAUGAUGCAUACUAAAAUAUUAAUGGACACUUAUUUGAUCCAGCCUUUUGCACAGCAAAUUGUUUGCCUUUAUGUCAGGACAAAUUCAAAUUCACAUGUGCAAUUACAUGUUUGUGAUGUUAAAGAUUUAAUGUUUUUUCUAGAGUCAGCCAGUUGUAUAUUUGUAUUCUUGGUGACUGUUUCUCUUAAAGUACUGUAAAUAAAACUUUGUAAUAAAGUGAUUUUUGUAACUGAUA